UCUCUUUGUAUACUCUAUUCCACUACUACUACUACACUCCUACUUAAAUUAGUAUUAGGGUUAGGGAUCUAAAUAGAAUAUAAUUCAAAAUUGUGAAUUCCAAUGUUUGUUUCUUCUUUCAAUUGAUUAGUUUUACUUUUCUUUGUGUCUAUGGAUGGAAAAAGUGAGAUUGAAGUUAGCGAUUGGGAAUUGGUUCAAAACGAUGAACCAAUUGUUUCUGUUAUCGACGAAUUGAAUUCCGAUUUAUCAAUUAUCAGAUCCGAUCAUUUUUCAAUUCCGAUUAACAUUCCCAAUUCAAUUUCCAGUAGUUCCAGUUCCAAUUCCGAAAUUGAUCGAAACUUCGAUGAUUCCUACGUUGCAAAUCAGCUUUUCUCGAAUCCAAUCGUUUCCCCUUCUUGUUCUUCUUCUUCUUCCAAUCUCCGUCGCUGGAACGAUUCUGAUUCCGAUAGCGAACUCGCCGUGAACGCCGCUGCCGCGACGAUCGGUGGUGGUACCGAGGUUGAUGAAGUUGGUUUUGAGUCGAAUUCGAAGGAGGAAGAGGAAGAGGAAGAGGAAGAGAAAGAGGUGAAAGAGGAUGAUAUGAAGAGAGUUGUGUGGUGGAAGGUUCCUUUUGAAGUGUUGAAACAUUGGGUUACCCCUCUUUCGAUUCCUCUUCCUUUAUCUGUUGCUGCUGCGGCUGCAUUUUUAGGGCUUCUUAUUUUGGGAAGGAGACUUUACAAAAUGAAACGCAAGACUCAAGCUUUGAAGCUCAACCUUGCUCUUGAUGAUAAGAGAGCAAACUGUGAACAUCAGAGAGGCUCAAUAUAUCUGCCAUCUGUUCAUGUGCUGGUAUUCGAGUCACAGCCAGGGAUUUAUUCAGCACCUUCUCAUGAAUAGGGGAGAUGCCUAGUUUCAUGUGUUUUGUCCGGCAAUGAAGAACAUGAUUGUGUCACAAGGAGACGAUGCUUUGAUUGUCAUAAGAGUUGAUUGGAACUGAAACACGAACCUGUAAUUCAGUAAGAAGAGACUGAGUCCAAAUUAUUUCACCUGUUGUAAUGCUUAGACUCCGGUAUUCUGUUUCAACACUUGAAGUGAGCAACUUGUUGCUGCUUUUUAACCACUAUGAAAUAAGUUAGAUCCAAGGUUAUACAAGACCCUAAAGUAGAGCUCCCGUCAUAAAAAACCUGUAAAGCAAGGUGAGUCUGGCAGUAAAAGAAGGCCAUAAUCAGUGGAGCCUUUAAGAUACUAAACAAUGCAUGUUGACAAUUUUCGGAUGCUCAUUUAGUGAUCAUGUCAUAAAUUGGCACACCUUAUUUACACUAUAGCUAAUUUCAGGUCUUGUGUCAGUUGCAUAUUGCAAUACACCUACCCACCUACAGUAGAGUGACAGAGUUGAGGGUAAGCCUUGUGUCAUAAGUGCUCGAGGUGUUGUUUUUCACUAAUAAUAUCUAUAAAUUACUACCCAUAACUGCUCUUGCAUAACUGUCUAUGAUGUCUUUACCAGAAAACAGCACCUAAAACACAUAUGACGUUAAGUGUCCCAAAUGACCCAAUUGCAAGUCUGCAGCCCGAGUCUGGCGAGUGUAUGUGAGGAAGAAUAAAAACCAGAGGACAAAUGAUAAUGGGGCAGAGAGAAAAGGAACAGGCAGCAGUUGAUGUAACGGGGCAGUUAUUUGAUCUAUGAAAUACCAACACAGACAACAGACACGGCACUAACACUGACAAUAAUUUAUAAAAUGGAAGUGAUUAAGUGUAACUACACGUGUCAGUGUCGUGUCGCACAUUUGACACACGCCUUCAAUCCAAAGUGUCAAUGUUGCAUAAAUAUUUAAUUAAAGGGUUAGUUAUCUGAGUAGUAUGGGGGAUAGGCGAGAAGUUGAAGUUAUCUUGGAAUGCAUAUUAGAAUUGUUUAAGUUGAAAUAAAUCAUGUUCUCUGUAGGAGCAUUUUCUCAGUGGAAGUAGGGUACCUAUCCCAUUGUAUUUCUAUUAUUUCAGUCUUAAACAAUUUCUUUCA